AAAUUCAAAUGACCCAGCGCAGGUGCAGGAGAGGGAACAGUAGGGAAAAAAGAAGCGAACGAAAACUAUGGGGGCUGAUAAAACGACAACGACGACAAUGAUAUGCACAUUGCUUGCAUUGGACUUCACUAGCUUCUCUUACAGAGUCUGCUCAAUCUGUGAGAGGACUCUUCCCGAAAAUCCCACUUCUCUCUGCAACUUCUGCACCUUCAAUUCUCGCUCCUCUAUCUCCAAACGCCUCUUUCGCAUUCUCAUGUCUGUAGCAUCAGAUACCAAAGUGUUCACUGUAAUAUGCUUCGAUAGGGCUGCCAAGGUCCUAUUUGGUUGCUCUGCCGAUGAGCUUUUUGACUUUGCCAAAUUACACCCUUUUGCUGCUGAGACCACUAGCAAAAUUCUGGAGGGAGAAAUGAUAAAAGUGACACUAUCAAAACCAAAGAAAGGCAAUGCACAACAUCUUCGUAUGUCACAAGUGUUUCCUCUAAGGUCCGGGUUUCGGCCAGCUAUUGAGACAUUGAAGGAAUCCUAUGGAGUUGGAAGUGGCUCUUAACUAUUUUCUCUUGUGUGUGUGUUUUUUUUUUUUUUCCUUUUUCUUCUUCCAGGUAUUUUUGCUUUACUCUUUGGCUUGCUUGGAUUAUCUCCUACAUUUCUUCUGUUUAUUUGCUUUAUUUUGAGUGCUUUCAAGUUUCAAGUUACAAGGGUACUGAAGAAAAAAGGGGUUAGAAGAAAUCAAAGUCUGUAAAUAGUUAACUAGCCAGUUUUUGAUGAUCUUGGUAUAUAAAUGCGAUGGUUAUGACGAGGUCUUUCGGUUCUAAAUCUGGCUUGUAAGUUGUGAGUACUUUGUUUGCAAACCGUGUCAUAAAAAUUCCUUGGUACUUACUGUUACCAAAAUGAUAUUUACUACUACUGUUAUACCGAA